CACUUCGGGUUCAUUGAAUUAGAUACACAGAGUAGGGUGUGGUCAUUGAAUCACCUCCCCCUUCAUUCUUCAAUGCCAUGGCCACCGUCGACGACCACCACCUCCUCCACCUAGACUCCGUCCCCGUCGUCGACCUCCGCCUCCUCACCCAAUCCGAGCUUUACUCCCUCUCCCUCUCCUCCUCCUCCUCCUCCGCAUCUCACCGCUUCGACGACGACGUUUUGAUCCCCAAAAUCGACCGCUCCGUCUUCAACGAAUCCGCCGGCAGCCGCAAACAGACCUACUCCCGCCUCCGCCUCGCCCCUCGCAACUCCCAAUUCGCCUCCUCCUCCAAUUCCAAAUCUGCCCUCCCUCCCUCCCACCUCCUCCUCUCCCAGCCGCUCGAUCGCGAGAGCCGCCAGAUUAUCUCGCUCCUCAAGCAGCUCUUCCCCUCCGACGAUCAAAACGACGACGUCCUCCUCCCCCAAACCACCACCACCACCACCACCACCACCACCCCCGUGCAGUACAAAAUCCCCGCCGCGCCGACGCCUUCCUUCAUCGCCUCGGCCGGUGCCGUUUCCGGCGUCGAUUCCUCGCUCGGGAAACGGAAGCGCGGCCGGCCGCGGAAGGAUUCCAACGCCGUGAUUGCGAAACCGGAGGCCGCCGCUGUGCCGGUCAGCUCUGCUGCGUUGGCUGGCGGUGCCGGCGAGGCUGAGGAUGGCAAUGCCGGUGUUUUGAUUGAGAAGCGUGACGGUGGAGCUACGGCGGUUGGGACUUUUGUGCUGAAUAGCGAAGGACAGCUUGUGCCGAGUAGCGCGGGGAAGAGGAAGCGAGGGCGGCCGCGGAAGGAUGAGAUUAGGGUUAGGGAUGAGAGUACAGUGGCGGCUUCGGUGAGGAAACCGCCGAGAGUGAAGAAGGAGGAGGAUGGAGAGAUGGUGCUGGUGAACGUGAACGACGUCGUUGUGGAUUUGGAUGCAUUGGCCAAUGCGGACAGUGUGUUUGGGGAGGAGUUGAGGAAGAGGACAGAGGGGUUGGAGACUGAGGCGCAGUUGUUAGGGUUUCUGGAAGGGUUGGAGGGGGACUGGUCAAGUGCUAGGAAGAAGAGGAAGAUUGUGCAGGCGAGUGAGCUCGGCGACUUGUUGCCGAAGUGGUGGAAGAUCAUGCUGUCUCUCAAGAGGAAUGGAGGUCAUAAAUGGAUUGUGUGUAGGCGGUUUAUAAGCCCUAAUGGGUUGGAGUUUGUGUCGUGCAAGGAAGUUUCUUCAUACUUGCACUCUUAUUUUGGACUUGGAAGCCAGUCAAAUUCUGUUCAUACCGAUGGGAAUAUUCAGGUUUCUAAUAAAAUGGUUUUGGGAGAUGGAAUGCAACAUGAUACUAGUUUUACCUAUAAAGAUAACAACAAUGGUCAUGAGCUUCUUCGCUGCUCCCCAAUGCCCAUUACCUCUAUGAACAGCUAUGUCAAGAGCAUUGAAGCAUCAGGAGAAGUAAUGGGUAUGCGGAAAAAAUUGGAUCCUGUAAAGAAUGGUCGUUUGGGGACAUCCUUGAAAAUUCAAGAACCAGUUGAGAUAGAUGGGGAACAAACUUCUGAUAUGAUAGCCAACUAUGAUUUGAGUUCUGAUUUCUCUCUGGGUAAGGUAAAUGAUAUCAUGGCAAAAUAUUUUGGCAUAUCCAAUGAUGAAUCGAAUUCAAUGUCCUGUGAGGAGCAAGUGAUGAUGGCUGACAAAACAAUUUGCUUUUCUGAUGGAUUAAAUGAUGGUGUCAGGGUUGCCAUCAGCUCAGUUGAUGUGCCCAAAGUGGAGAUAGACAGUGCUUCAAAUGACAAUGGGAAAAGAACAUGGAGCUGA